CAAGUGAAGGCAAGAGUGAGCAAUAUAAUGGCAUGUUGAAAUCGGCAGGAAUUCUUAAAAUCCGUCUUUGAAGGACAGAAUACCAACAUACAGAAAUGAGCGGAUUCAACCCCGAAAAUGCUUCCACCCUUGAGAACGCCAUGCAGCUGAUGAUCCAGACCUUCCACAAGUACUCUGGCGACGAGGGCGACAAGUACACCCUCAGCAAAGCCGAGCUCAAAGAGAUGCUCACAACAGAGCUGGGCAGCUACCUCGGGCACGCCAAGGACCAAGACGCCGUAGAAAAGGUCAUGGGCGACCUCGACUCGAAUGGCGACGGAGAGGUCGACUUCACCGAGUUCAUCAUUCUCGUUGGGGCACUCACCGUAGCCUGUAACGACUUCUUCCUCGAGUACCACCAAGACGACAAGAAGGCACCCGCCAAGAAGGAUUAAAAUGUAAAAUAAAUAACCAUCAACUCAGUCUUUUUAUGUUAAAACAACAUGACACGUUUGAAGUAGAGGAUGUGGAGAGAGAAGGGUAGGCCUGCCAGGUCGUGGUUUUGACCAUCAUACACUUACAUCAGUGGCUCAAGGAAAGUUCAUGGUAUGUGAGCUGCUGGGAGAAGCGACGUUAGCUGCUAGACAUCCAAAAGCAAAUUUGCUUGGUAGUUUUGAAGGAUGAAAUGUUUAGGAAAUUAAAUGUCAAUGACGGUCAUUGUUGACUUUGUGAAUAUUUUCUUUUGCUUUUCAUUCGUUUUUAACCUAUUCAUUUGUUAAUUUAACCAAC